AACGUAGAGUGUGGGUACUUCACACAGAGUGUGUUUACUUAAUGGUCAGGGUGAAAUCAGAAAAUAUUGACAAAAGCCACUGUAAAUUUAAUCAUUGAACGGUUUUAAUGACACAUAUAAAUAAGAGAUUGUUUUUCGUAUAAUAUUUGAAGUUUAUGAUACGUGCUACGAGACAUUUUCAUGAAAGAGAAGUAGGCGACUUUUGACAAAAACAGAUUUAGUUUGAAGAACGACGUUAGACGUGUGAUCAGACUGCAGUGAUAACAAAGUAAACACAAAUCUGUCAACACUGUAUAUCAUCAUUAAACACUCAUGGAGACCAAAGGUUUGAGUGCAGAGGUUUUAAAAGCCCACAACGCAAACGUCAAGAAGACAUUGCCAAACAUGGGUCCACCGCCGAAGUCUCUAUGGGGAGCAAUGGCUCCAAAAGACAAGCAGUCCGAUUCUAGCAGCAAGGUGUCGUCUGUUCUGGUCAAAGAUAGAUUUUCCAGACUCCGGACUAAGUUGAAAAUGCAUAACAUGAUGGGCGGGUCAUUUACAAGGAGUAAAGCCGGAUCGGAGAUAGUUCCAAGAGGAAUUAAAGCAUUAGAAAAUACAUACCGAAUGGAACCGCCUGAAUCGUCAAAGUUCAACCCGGAUAGAACUAAUCAGAUCAUUACCUCGACUUUCGACAAUUAUUUGAAGGACAGAAAAUACGAUCCUAAAACAUUCCCACAACUGUGCAAAACUUUGGCGGAUUUAUUAAAGGAGAGAGUGAAGGCAACAGGCCCAAAACGAUUUAAAAUUGUAACCUCCGUAUCCAUUUUGGAAAAUAAAGAACAGUGUGCCGUUUGUGCCAGCAGGUGUAUCUGGGAUACAUCAGUUGACAAUUUCUCAACAGUAACCUAUAACGGACAAGAUUUCUCAGCGAUCGGAUCAGUUUUUGCGUUAUAUUACGAGUAGGAUUAUCUGACUGAGAAAUGAUUCAAUUUCUGUGAUAUUUUUAAUGGCUGACGUUAUAUUGUUAGAGAAUUAGGGUUUUAUGAUGAGGAAUAACUCAACAAAAAUGUAGGUAAAUAAAUCCGUCCUUUAAAAGAUAUAAAUACCCAUCCUUUUCACUGUUAUAUUAAUAUCUUAUCUUAUUUAUUUUAUAAAAUAUGUGCAUUUAAAUGUCAUUAAACAAAAUGUUCUGUUA